AUCAUAACGUCAUUGACGUAGACGACGAUAAUAAAUAAUGAAUUUGCUCGCUUAUCACGUGGAGGCAGCGUCUGAAUAAUUUAACCCCUGCGUUACUACACGAGCGUACACGUCCCUUUUGCAGCAUCAGUGAAGUAUCCCUCCCUACGACGACCUUAAUCCUUACAAUGAUGAUUUUUUCGCCUUCAGUGCUGCUUUGAGUUAUGAUAAAUCAUUGUUAAUGUAUAUAAUAAGCAUUAUAUGAUACUCAAACGGAAAUGCAUCCUGCUUGGGAUCCACCUGCCCUUGGACUACGCCACCGUAUCGCGCUGCUGUGAGCCGCAGCACCUCACAUCAGCAUCGGCACAGCUGGACAGCGGCAGCAGCCUGGAAGGCAGAUUCACUCCACUCAGCAGCCAGUUUAUGUAACAGUGCAGCGCCCUAGAGGAGGAGGGGGAGGAGAGGAGAGUAGAGCAGGGAAAGCAAGAAGAAGGGAGGAGCUGCACUGCCCUGAGGAAAGGUUAAAUUUUAAAGCAGCAGAACAGCAGGAUGGAAGAUUUCCUUCUCUGAUUCUGAAUACAGGCAACAGCAGUGUCACGCAAGGUGAAACGAUGAAGCGUUGCUUCACCUUCACUCUGACUGGUCAUGUGGAAACAUCUGGUAAUGAUGCUCCUCUGAAAGACAGUGAACAUCAGUGAACAGCUGGUUUCUGUGUGACCCCCUUUACUGUAAGACCCAGAGCUUCUUCAGACCUCCUCAGAGUAUCAGCCCCAUCUCUUGAAGCCCUUUGAUCCAUAACCAGGCUCCAGGAUGAGUGGGCUCUUUGCCAAACUGGACCCACGGCGGAUUCAAUGGGGGGCCACCUGGUUUGCCUUCCAGUCCCGUGUUCUCCGCACGAAGCCGGUUGAGUCCAUGCUGGAGAGCACAGGUGGCACGGGGGCUCACGGCACCAAACUCGCCCGCGUUCUCUCCACUGUGGACCUUGUGUCUCUGGGAGUGGGAAGCUGUGUAGGCACGGGCAUGUACGUGGUUUCUGGACUGGUGGCUAAGGAAAUGGCGGGUCCUGGGGUCAUUGUGUCUUUCAUCAUCGCUGCCGUGGCCUCCAUCCUGUCAGGAGUGUGCUACGCUGAAUUUGGUGUGCGCGUGCCUAAAACCACAGGAUCGGCCUAUACUUACAGCUAUGUGACGGUGGGCGAAUUUGUGGCUUUUUUCAUUGGCUGGAAUCUGAUUUUGGAGUAUCUGAUUGGUACAGCAGCAGGAGCCAGUGCACUCAGCAGCAUGUUUGACUCGCUGGCCAAUCACAGCAUCAGUGGCUUCAUGAUCAACCACAUAGGAACACUCAAUGGCCUGGGUAAAGGAGAGCAGUCGUAUCCGGACUUCUUGGCCCUGGUCAUAGCCAUCCUGGUCACAGUGAUAGUUGCUCUAGGCGUGAAGAAUUCUGUCGGGUUCAACAACGUGCUGAAUGUCAUCAAUCUGGUGGUCUGGGUGUUCAUAAUGAUUGCAGGCCUUUUCUUCGUCAGUGUAAGCAACUGGGAUGAGGGACGAUUCCUGCCUUAUGGCUGGUCAGGGGUCAUGCAGGGUGCAGCCACUUGCUUCUAUGCCUUUAUUGGGUUUGACAUUAUAGCCACCACGGGAGAGGAAGCCAAAAGUCCCAACACAUCCAUCCCCUAUGCCAUCACUGCCUCUCUGGUCACCUGCCUCACUGCCUAUGUCUCUGUCAGUGUGAUCCUCACCCUGAUGGUCCCUUACACUGAAAUUGACACAGAUGCUCCUUUGAUGGAAAUGUUUUCUCUACAUGGCUUCCAAACUGCCAAAUACAUAGUGGCCAUCGGCUCCAUUGCAGGACUGACAGUCAGUUUGUUGGGCUCUCUCUUCCCAAUGCCAAGAGUCAUCUACGCCAUGGCAGGAGAUGGUUUGCUCUUCAGGUUCCUGGCCCAUGUGAGCACAUACACAGAGACUCCUGCAGUGGCCUGUGUGGUGUCGGGGUUCCUCUCUGCUCUCUUGGCUUUGCUCGUCAGUCUGAGGGACCUGAUCGAGAUGAUGUCCAUUGGCACUCUGCUAGCCUACACGCUAGUGUCAGUGUGUGUGCUACUGCUGCGUUACCAGCCCGAAGGAGACAUCCACGGAUUCGUCAACUUCCUCUCUGAGCAAAACGCGAAGCGUAAGGAAGGAGUGCUGGCCGAGUGCGAGAAAGAAGCCUGCUCGCCGGUCAGUGAGGGUGAUGAUUAUGGAGGAGUUCCCACAAACACCUGCGGAGCCAAGAACCUGCCGUCUCUGGGAGACAACGAGAUGCUGAUUGGUAAGCCUGACAAGUCCACCUACACUGCCAGUCACCCCAACUACGGCACCGUGGACAUGUCCUCAGGCAUUGAGUCAGAUGAGACGGACAGCGUGUACCUGCUGAAGCUGAAGAAGCUGCUGGGGCCUCGCUAUUACACCAUGCGCAUUCGGCUUGGCCUGCCGGGCAAGAUGGACCGGCCCACUGUGGUUACCGGCCGCACCGUCACUCGCUGCGUCAUUCUGCUCUUCAUCCUCAACUUCUGCUUCUGCUCCCUCAUCAUCUUCGGGUCAGGUCAGAUCGCUGAUGGCCAGUGGUGGGCCGUGCUGCUGCUGGUGCUGCUGCUGCUGGUCAUCACGCUCUUGAUCUUCAUCAUCAUUCAGCAGCCAGAGAACCCCAAGCGCCUGCCCUAUAUGGCUCCCUGCGUUCCCUUCGUCCCAGCCUCUGCCAUGCUUGUAAAUGUUUACCUCAUGCUCAAGCUCUCCACAAUCACAUGGAUCCGUUUUGGCGUAUGGUGCUUUGUGGGUGUUUUGAUCUACUUUGGCUAUGGCAUGUGGAACAGCACCCUCGAGAUCACGGCGCGCGAGGAGGAAGCCCACGCUAGCACGUACCAGCGCUACGACAUGGGCUUGGACGACAACUUUGCUGUGGAUGACGAUCUGUACCCUUCUGGAGACAAAGAGCCGUACCAAAGCUGGGGCUCCCAUGAGGGCAGUGGUGGGCACCAGAAACCGAAACACCAGGAGCAGAGCGAGCCUCAGACUGACGGCCUGGACAGGGUGGACAACCACAGGACCUCCUCUUCCUCCUCACACAGCAGGGCCAAAAGCAAAGCUGGCAAACCCAGUCCGGGCUUUGAGGCGCUGGUGGUCGACGAUGAUUUGGACGAUCCUUUGGAAUGAGAAUGUAAUCUGAAUGUACUUGUCUGCCAACAACUGCAGAACCCUUGGGCUAGGUUGUUAUGUCUCUGCAAUGAGUUUUUAUUUUACUCUUAUUCCUUCAUUUGCAGUCAUUUUCCACUACUGAUAGGAUAAUGAGAACGUUUAGGAUGGGAUUUAACUUUUAGAAGGCUUUUUUUUUUUUUUAACCACAUAACACCUAAAAAGUCCAAAUAUUUCUUUGUUUGUUUGUUUGUUUUUUAAAUUAAUUUAACAGUUUUAAAUUAAUUCUCAUUAUAAUCAUGUUACUAAACUCCUCAGCACUUAAAUAUAUGUAUAAUCUAAUGUUUCACUUGAAAGCAACAGCCCCCCCUGACCAAAUUACAGUAACUAGCAUGAAAUUUAUUAUCUGGUGUGUAGUUUAUUAGCUACUGCCCUUUUAGUUAUCACAGUCCCACAGCUUUUCCCAAUACAAUCAUUUUUUAGCUGUCAGAACGAUGUCCGUUCACAGGUCACUUCCACUCUAUUAACCUCGACGCUGUCUUUAUGUGGGGUCGAUAAAACCAGCUGAAAAAUUCCCAUGUGAAGCCCUUAAAACACUUAAAGCAAAUUGCACACUUUAGUUAUUUUAGUAAGCAGCUGUUUUUCUUAAUCAGUUUUAUUGUCGCAUACAAAAAGUUUAGUUUGAGAAGCAAAGAUAGACGAUAGCCAUAAAAUACGAUGGGGAAUGAUAUGAUAAAUCUUCUGCUCAAACAUCUAGCCCAAGUGAGGUUUGGACUGUAGGUUGUCACAAAUAGUAAUUGGACUUUGCUUGCAAUAGUGCCUUCAUCUGUCAGUGUGUGCUUUAAAUAUGAACAUCAAGAUGUC